AUGCAAUCUGUUCGUUCAGGUGUCCCCCGUUUCGAGGGCCAGGGAGACGUCACCGUGAAGCAGUCUCUGCGGGGGCGGUCAGCUGUGCGCGGUGAUCUGACGCGCGGAAAUCCGACGGGCCGGAGAUUUUCGACUCCGGACAACGAGGAGACAGUCUCUGCGGGAGAUGGCGUCCGCGGCGACCUCGAAGACGCCCCGGAGGCUUCGGCCCAGGCGGCCAGCCUCGCGGCUGCUGCCCCAGACGGUGCACGCAGGCGGUCUCGCUACGCAAAAAUGUACGAUCGCCAUGUCCAGAGACGCUUGAUGAAGAGGCGACACAGUCUGGCUGUACACCGGCCGGUCGAACGUCUCGACACCCCCCGCGACAGCCAAACUAACGAGCACGCCUCUGGCUGCUCCGUUUCGGGGACUGCGCGCGAGGCCGAUACGCACGAAGUCGUAGCAGGCGUGGCUGCGUGCGGCGCUGGCGAGAGGAACACAGGGGAAUCAGGAGGGAUUCCAGGAGCCGUUGUCGGGGUCGGCGAGACGAGCAGUUGCGACCGACGGAGACUUCAGAGGCGUGCGGCCCCUGCAGUGGUGGCUGGCCCGCGACGGAGAGCAUCACGCGACGAGGAUACCCCGCGCGAAACAGAACGCUCAUGCGGUCGGCCGCAGGCAACCGGUGAGCAGCACUCGCGUCUUCAGUCCUUGAGCGGGGCGCUUGCGCCGUGGGAUGUGCGAGCCGACGGAACUGCCGGUCGGGAGCUCCCAGCGGGCACUCCGCAGAGUGCGUCGACUUUGUUUCCCGACGGUUCCGGCAACUCUGAGACGGGCGCUGGGUACACAAAUCCGCUCUCUCUGUCAAGCGUGGAGGGUGUCGAGCGCACUUCGCGUCUGCCUGCGCGCGAGCGGAGUCGGGGCGAGGGGGCGUCGCACCCGAUUGAGGCGCUGGCGGCUGCCGUCCAACCCGAGAGGUGCCGUGGCGACCUAAGCAGCUUGACGACUCCCGCGUCUUCGGAGAGCUUCGAGGAUUUCCCAGAGGCUGCCGAGGUGCGUAACGGAUACCGACUGGCGUUCACGCGAGAGCAGUCGCUGUUCCCGGACGAGGGCUGCGCGAGAUCUGAGGGCGCGGAUGUCGUGGGCGUGUUCUGUGACAGAGCGUCCUCAUCUUCCACGUCGUCCCUCAUGUGGAGCAGCACGUGCGGCUCGAGCGACAGCGACGAGGCCAGUCGCGCAGGAGACGGCGAUCCGCGAGACGCGCGGGUGCUCGCGGACGCCGACGCGAGCCCAGACGGCGAAGCGCCCCGCUGCGGCUCGCCGCGAAGGCCACGGCGAGGACCACGGCGCUUCACGGGGGCGGCGCGUGGCAGGGACGAAGGAAGCUAUUGCCAGCGGCAGGUCGAGGCACUCAGACAGUACAUCUACAUGCGCGAGAUCGUGGAGCACGGCACGUUGCUCUUCAACCGCUCGCCGAUGACCGGGAUUCGCUUUCUUCAGCAACAAAACAUUCUCGACGACGACAGCCUUGCCGUCGCGGCGUUUCUCCUCGCCACCGACGGGUUGGACAAACGAAGGAUCGGCGAGUUGCUGGGGGGGCCGGACGCGGCUUCCACUUCAGUUUUGAACGCCUUCUGCAGCUUCAUGAAUUUGGCGGACUUGCCGCUGGACGAGGCGCUCCGGCACUUCCUUACGUUUUUCUUCAUGCCUGGCGAGUCGCAGGUAAUCCUUCGCAUCCUCGAAAGCUUCGCUGCAGCGUAUGUACGGGACAACCCGACGACGCCGCUGUCUCUGGAGUACGUGCACAUCUUAGCGUACGCACUGCUGAUUUUGAAUACGUCGCUUCAUCACCCGUGCCUCCAAGCAAAGGACAAGAAGAUGCUCUCUCGCGGCGACUUCUACAAGAUGGUCCACUGCGCAGGCAUCGCUCUGCCUGAAAACGAACUGGGUGAAAUGUAUGCGCGAAUUCUUCUCAAGGAGUUCAAGACGUCCUUCUCUGCAUCCGAAAAGACGUACAAGCGUCUGUCCGCGGCACCCCUCGGCCUCGCACAGGCGUUUGCGUCCUCUCUGCGGCAUCCGCAAGGCGACAGCGCGUAUCCCUCCGACCGGCUUCCCAACAGUCGGUCUUUCACUCCUGAGCCGUCGAUCUCCUCCAAUCCGCGGGGCCUUCAACUGUUUCCGGAGGCUUCACGUUCCGGGGACGGCUGGAACCGGGCCCCCUGCGCCGGGCCAUGCACGUUCCGCAGCCAGAGGGAGUGUGAACCCACUGGGUGGGACAAAAAAAACGCCUUUGAAACGUGUGGCGACGCGCGCGGGCAGAGGUCGGCCUCGGAAUGUGUCGCCUCGACAGCCCCACAAAACUUCUCCAUGGCGGGGAUGGACGCUGGGAGCCUCCGCCGUGCAGCGCACCGGCGCGGCCCCACCGGAGACCCGCUGACUGACAGCCUGGUUUCCCCCUGGCGAGUCGCGCGGUGUGCGCAGUGUGGACGCCCCGCCGGUUUGUCGGCUGGGGACUCCAGUCAGCCCCGUCGACUGACGGCGCCCGCGUCCGUGUUCUCUCGCCCGUCGGGCUCGCCAGAGCCAGGCGCUCGAAGGCCCUCGGAAGACGUGAGGGACAUCGAGCUGGAAGCGUGCACGCGUGUGCACGGCGCGGCCAGUGCAUGCCGUGAGGGGGCGAAUCUCGGCGGGAGACUGGUUCGCUGUGGCGAGUGCGGAUGCGGGCGAGACCGAGCUCUGCAGGUGGAGGAUGGUGCAAGUUGCGAAGCGCAGAUUCGACCGCUUCGCUCCACUGCCGAGUCAGACGGACAGGCCACGCGGGAGCCUGGCGAUGCGCGCCUGGACUCGCGGACGCAGAGGAGCAACUCGAACGGGGCUCGUUUCAGCGGCCUUCGCGCGAACCCAGCAGGCGCCGAUUCCAACGACGGGCAAGUCUCUCGGAGCGCGCCGACAACGCCAACAAGGAACACGGCGUGCUGGCCUUCACGCGACGCGGAUUUGGCGUUCGCGGGAAUGCCGCCUCUGGUCACCAGUGGAGUCCCCGCUCUCGCCGCGUAUCCACCUCAUCCGGCCGGCGAGUGGUUCGACUCUUGGCAAGACGCAGGUGUUCCAGGAGCGCGGGCUCCAGUGGUUUGUAGAUUCUGUUCGGGUCGUCCGCCCGACGUUUCUGUGGAGGCCCAUGGCGGCGCGGGUCCUCAAGACUCCUGCGCCCACGGACAGAUCCGGUAUUCGUUGGGUUGCGCCUCUCACGACAGUGGAGCCUCGUCUGUGGCUUCCAGCCCCUCCCUCAUGUACACCUCGCCUCUGGAUCCGCCCCCGUUCUCCCUCUUCCCGGAGCCGUCGGAAUGCCUCCUGAGGCCUCCGGCACCGCCGCUCGCUCUCAGGGUGGGCGGCUGGGCUGUCAAGGUCCGCGGCAUUGACAGCGCGGAUGGGAAGGUCAAGGCUGCAGCGUACUUGCGCGUCCACAAACGGCAGUUCUGGCUCGAAGGAGCAGAUGCAUGCUUAGAUUUGUGUUGGAGUCGCUGGCCGCGCACGCCGGUGGGCGUCUCCCAGACCUCAUCGGUGCCGCCCGUCGCGCCGGCCGAGGCUCUUGCCGCCGAUGCAAAAGGAUGGAAACGCUCCGGAUCGAUGUUGAGGAGCCGCGGGAGGUCGAGUGUCUCGUACGAGGCUCCGGCGUGUGCGUCAAGUUCCCAGCUGGCGAGCCGAGGGGGGAGCGCGGAUGACGAGUGCCAUGUGCCUCCAGACGCGUCUGUGAGACGGCCGCACGACGAGGGAACUGAGGCCAUGCGUGCUCAGGGAGCGCCUGGGCCAGAUUCUGUCUUGGGCGGCAGUGAAGCGAAUCUCAACCUGCGUGGCGGCUCCGAAAUGAGGCCCGCGCCAUCUGCUGUCGAUCGCCGGGAAGCCGGCGAACAGGCGUCUGCGGCCAACGUGCGCGAAGGACAAGGGCGCCAGGGAGCGAGGGCGGAGUCGCGCUCCGGCUCGGCCAGUCGCGGCGGCCCCUGGCGGCUUCUGCCGGACAUCCCCCCUGCUUGCCCGGGUGUGAUUUUGACACACGGAGGAGACGCGGGGAAAGGCCAAGCCAGGCCGGCGCAGGAAGACGGAGCAGCUGCACGUCGGGCGAACGCAGAGGGAAGAGACAAACGCGGGCGGCAGGAGGCAGCUGGGAGUCUGUUGGCCGUCGCGCGUCUCGCGGGGCGGGGCGGCCGCUUUCUGCUUCGCGGCAAGGCCCUCAAGGUUCCCCGCAUAAGCCUCCACAACCCGUUCAAGAGGCAGCCGCCUCGCAAUGCCUCGGCCGUGGACUUCAGACUUUCAAAGUUCACGGAGGACGACGGCACGUCCCUCCGAACCUCCAGUGCCCCCAGCGGCCACAAGCAGGAGACGGGGGCUCUUGCAGAGACGCGUGGAGGAAACGAGCAGCGCAAUGAGGGUCGCGCACAGGAACCUACAGGCGCCCUUGAAGACUCGGCGCCUCCGGACGUUCACGCCGCGGUUCCGGAACGUGAUAUCCCACCGAAUCACGGGCAGUCACCGGCGCACACCAACCCACCGGAGUGCUGCAUGGGAGGCACGGGAGGCGCGGGCGACCUUUCACGUGCCGAGCCCGGUUCCGCAGCUGCGGCGACUGUUGUCAGGCGAGGGAGGAGUUUCUCGCAUCCCCCUGAGUUUCAGACGGCGCCGAGCGCCCCUCGACUGCCUGUUUCGGACUACCCUCGUUCGGUUCCGCUCCCUCCCGCACGCGUCCGCCGGCACUCGAGAGAAGCUGAGAAUUCGCCUUCCCGUCCCAUGUGGCGUCAUCCGUUUCUCUCCCACCCCCACCCCCUUCAUGCGGCCGACAGCUGCGUUGGCCGACACGCGAAUGGGGCUGAAGCGGGCCGAUGGUUCCGUUCCUCCUCUUGUCCGACUCCGACCCUGGUUUUGCGAGCGGCGACUUCAGUGUCUCUCCCAGACGCUCUUCUCAGAGGGCUUCACGCGCCGUGUCUCGGCCAUGGUCAAGCGGCCGCGUUCCCGAUCGACGACCCCAUAGGUCUGUGCAAAUCGCUGUCUUUCGCUGUCGCGUUGGAACGCGGGUCCUCCGGCGGGCGCACGGCUUCCCUUCCCAAGUGGAGUGCGUCAAAAGUCGGGUUUCCCGAGGGCAGUUCGCUGGGGUCGGCGCGAGUCGACAGCGCAGAGUGGCGGCUCCACGGUGGAAGCGGGACAUCCUCUUUUCACUGCGAGGCUCUCUGGGGCCUUUGCCUCCGGGGGGGACUCCGCCGCAGUGUGUCUGACGGUGCGCUGAUGCGCCGCCGAAGCAGCGAUGUCGCCUGGCGAUUCAGGAGGCGUUUCAACUGGCGCGAGUGGCAUGCACGAAACGACCGUUCACCCCCUCUGGCGGCGUCCGAGGAUACGCGCGGAACGGAGUGGACUCGGCCGAUCGCGCGAGAAGUCGAACCCGCAUGCCCAGCACAGUCGGCGGAACCGGGAACCGCUGUUUCACAGCCGUGGCGCUUGGAACGUUCGCAGGCAGGCAGCUCGGCGUCCUCUGCGAGUGAGGGAUGCGAGGACCAGCAGACGCUUUCUCCCGAGCGAUCGAAGGAUGGAGAGAGCGGCAGCGCCGAGAAGGGAGACUGGAGCGGGAACUCGAUAGGCGGGCCGGAGCAGGCCUGCGCAGUGCCAGCCGCCAGCGGCGUCUCCGGCCUCCGUGCGAACGGGCCAGGGCUAUUCUGGCGGAGACUGCCCUCUUUCCGAAGCUCCGCUGAGGGCGGCUUCGAGCAAAGCGGAUGGUCUGGGAAACCCGACUUGGUCCGACCCGCGGAGAAAAAAGGGGGCGGGCCGCGCGGCUUCCUCGCGCGGCUGUUUCAGCCGGUGCUCGCAAUGGCCUCAGUCAACCGGUGCCCCCUCGGCGACCUGAUUGCUGUGCAACUGGGCGCGCCUCCCGAGAUCGCGGCUGCUCUGGAGAAAGCGGCAAUUCCCAUCGCCGAUCUCGUCGCGGAGCCUGGAGCCCGUCAGGCGGUCUUCCCCGAUCUGUAUCAGCCUCCCUUUCUUUUUCCCUUUUCGUAUCCCCCGCUCGUCUUUGUCGGUAAGGCCGCGGGGCCUCCUACGCAGGGGACUCGGGGACAGCCUGGGAAAGGCCCCUCCAUGGUCUGCCUCACUCUUUCUUUUCGGCGUCGACUGCUCGUUCUUGUUCUUCCUUACUACGCAUCUUCGUUUCCUCUGCCAUCCGCUAGCAAGUCCUCUCAGCGUUGCACAUUCGCCACUCCGAACCGGCUUUCGGCGGAAGUCGCCAGCGCGACUUCCGCCUUCGCCUCGUCAUCCUCCUUUGCUUCUACCGUCCUUCCGGCCUCCGCUGAAGGUGUGCUUUGUCCCGCGUCGGCCUCGCCCCCGUGCCGGCAGCCUGAAGAGCGCUUCGGUGCCGGGGAGCGGGCGACUCAGCCGCAGGCUGCUCCCGUCCCCUCCCCGUUGUCACCGGGCUCUCGUGGCAAGGAGGGAGGGCGUGCCUGCGUGUCCCUCGAGCACUGCAGGAGAUCGCGAGGCUCGUCGGGAGGUUCGGUGGCGUGUCACCGGCCGUCGGAUGCUGCGCGGGCGGGCGCAGAGAUGCCGCUGUCUGCUGCCUUUGCGAGUUUGGUACACGAUUCAAAUCGGCGGUCUUCCGCCACGCUCGGCGAGGGUGACCGCCGGACGUCGGAGGCGGCUUCGACGGCAGUGAAGGCCUCUGCGAAGGAAGAACCGUUCGGCUCUGCCACGGUUCCAGGCCUACCCCGGAUCAGCCCCCAGGAGCGACAGGGCGUCUCUGAGGGGCAAACGCCACUGUCCGAAGUCGGCGCUUCCGGAGAGAGCGCCGACAGGCAGGUGAACAGCCAAGGCCGCAGCUGUGACCUGCCGACGACGGAGGCCUCUGACAGGGGACGAGACCCCCUUGUGCCGGGUCGAGCACAGCUGUCCGAGCUUGGGCUUUCGGCGCCAUCUGGAGUUGCCCCGCCUUCUUCGUCCGCGGCCGCACAAGGCGCCGUUCAAGGUGCGCGAAGAGACACGCAGAAGCGCCACGCGACACUUGACAGGACGCGUUCGUAUCCUUCGUUCUGCGCGGGCGUGCUGCCAUCCUUGAGUUCGCCUCCCCCUGCGCUCGCUGGUCUGGCCGAUCGCUCCGCGGAGCUCCGGGGACACCCGAACCUCCCAGAGACCUCUGGCGGCGACCCUGCAACCCUGGCGCUGCAAAAAUCGCCUCUGCCGAUUUUGCGAGGGUACUUCCCUGGAUUCCUCGCGCCGCCAACAGAGGGGUUCCAGCGGCAGGUGGGCGAGCAGCCUGGCGAGGCACAGCGAGGACGCUCCUCUGGAGAGGGGCUGUGUCCCCCUCUCAGUGGUCCGGGGUCCGCGCGUGGGAGAGACGGAAGGCGAGAGAGCGUCGCUGGUCUGGUGGGGAACGAGCGGCGGACAGAGGGAGACACGGGGCUCGACGGCGGGUCGUGGGCUGCUGGGGACAGAGGCGGCGCGUCUGGCUUCCUCGACUGGCAGGUUCUCUUUUCCUUCUUGCGAAGGCAAGUGGCCUUCAACAAGGCUGCGCAGGCACUGAAGGCCCAGAAAGAAGCCCACAGACAGUGGGAACUGCGGAAGAAGCUGGAGGACAGCAAAGAGGUAGAGUUCACGGAUCAAAUCCUGCCGCACCUUCUCCGUCACUGGGUCAGCACGCCCGCUCCGUCUGUGCUGGGACAGGAGACAGAAUCGCGAAGGGCGCUGGCGCUCGGCGAGUCCGUUCGCUUUCUGCGUGGGCUACAACGCGUGGAGAAACGCUGGAGGCACUGUCAGAAGGAGCAGCCCCGAGGCUAUUCCGAGGAUCUCGUGCCUUUGUCGGCCGCGGUCGUGUUUCCCAGCGCUUGCGACAGCGCCUGUUUGUCGCACGAGGCAGGUUCGCAUCGAGACGGGAGGGCCGAAUGGAAGCGAGGCCUCCUUCCAAGUUCGGUUGCGGUGUCUGUGUCGGCGGUUCCCUCGGACCCUCGACUGAGAAACCUCGAAUCUCUGUCCAGUUUUCAGCGCACCGGCGAGCGCAGCACGCCGCCGGUCAGCAGACAAGGCAGCCUUCCUGGAGCGGAAGCGGGCGUCGACCAAGGCGAAAAACCCGAGACCACGCUGACGAAACUUUUCCCGAUGCAGAGCUCGCGGGAGGGCGGCGCAAGCACUGACAAAUCGCACGGCACUCGACUCGACGGCAGCAAGUGCGCUCGGGGAGGCACGGGAACCGCCCGAUCCUCUGCGGAGGAUGUGCGAUCCCUGCUGGCCUGGGGACGGAAGCCCGCCCCGCACGUGGACCACGCAGAGGAAGGUGAGAAAGGAGACGGGGCGAGCUUUCGGACGGCGUCGCAGCCAGAGUGGCCCAGUACGCAAGAAGGUCCAGGCGGCGAAGACGCGACACGGGACACGCAGGCAGAGCCGGUGUAUCACCAGGUUCGCACAGAAGGUCUCGAAGAUCUCCGCGUUUCGGAGCAGAUGGAGAGUCCCCCCUCAGCCACCUUCGCCGGAGACUCCAGCCGUUCACGGACUCGCUUCCCGCAGUCGCGGUUUGCCGCGGACUUGGCGAGAGCAAACGUGGGCCGAGGGAGACGGAAAGCACGGGCGGACGGCAAGAGCCGAGAGACCCGCAAGCCGCGAAGCAGCAGCGAGAGAGAGGUCGCCUCUCGAGAGCGACGGGGGGGUGAGCAGGCGACCGCCAACCCUCCGCACGGCCGUGCUGCUGGAGCGAGUAAACGGCCAGUGACGGCCCGUCCGGGGGGAAGAAAUAAACAGUCGGCAGACGUCCCCUUGGAGGCCGCGCGCAUGCAAAAUGGAGUCCCCGGGCUCCCGAAUUCCACUUCGCGUUCCCGGUCGGCACCGCCGCUGCCUUUCGGCUCUCCCACUUCCUAUCUGCACUCUCCGCGUUCGUCAAACGCGCCGUUCGUGCACAUGGAGAGUCUCCACAAGCUCGCCCUUGAGGAGGCCGGUGACUUGGCGACGCUGGAUCGGCCUGUGGACGGGAGCGCCGCGGUGCGCGACACGCAGUCUCGCUUGGAGUUAUUUGAAUCCCUGUACGCUGCCGACGAAACGGAGCGGCCGGACAGGAGCAGUGAUCCCGGAGUUUGUCUCUCUGCGAGCGCGAGUGCUCUCGGCCCAGAUACGCCCGUGAGGCCUGGAGGCCCGAACGUUCCGCUGAGGGGAGGCGGACGCACCAGCGAGCCGUGUCCGCCUAGAGGAGGGUCGGGAUGUGUGGAGCGCUUCUCUGCGUCGCAUGGACGCAGGAGGCCGUCCAACACCGGAGACGAUGAUCCGACGCCAGCUGGGCCGUUUGAGGCAGCCUCCGCAGGGGGUUGUGCCGCACUGCGUUCGGCUGCCAAACGCGACGCGAGCGGGGACCCGAGACAGCAGGCAAAGGAACCCGGUCAGGGGGCGGGCGCCCGGGAGGAUGAGCAAGAUCCUCGUCACAAGCUUGUCGGCUCGCCUCUGGAGACCCGGUGUGGGCAAGGCGCGUGCCCGCGACACGGAGACUCUGGAUGUGUCUGUGGAGUUGGAGAGACGAAGGGAAUCAAUGCCAGUCCUACGAGGCCGAAUGCGGUUGCAGGCGCGCUCCAUCGGGCGCCUGUUUCCUUCGAUGACGGGAACGCCGACCCGCGGCAUCGCGCGUCCAGCUGUGGCGAGGCACGCGGUCUUCAGCAACGUUCUGCAGCAGCUACAGCUCGCGGGCAUUUCCGCCGGCUGGAGCGAGAUCUCCCGGGUACCUAUCCGCUUCUGCAAAUGCUGCCUGAGGGCAUCGCUACAGCGGAACCUCUCCUGAGCGCGGGUUCCGCCUUCGAGAUUCUCGCAUCCCUCGAUCGCCCGGUCGGGGGGUGUGCUGGCGAUAUCGGCACCCUCGGCGGAGACGCAAGUUACGAGCCGCGGCGAUGUGGCAUCUCGUCGAGCAGCAGCGACGCCGCACUUGGGAGGCUGUCUGAUGCGAGGCGGCUCGGCGAGCUGUGGGGACGCAGCGCUGGCAUUCAUCCCGGCCAGGCGUUUGCCUUCCCCUAUGGUCAGCCACCGCUUUGCGCUGCGUGCUGUAGAUGCCGGCGAUGCAGUGCUUUAGACGCACGAGAGGAGGAAGAGUGGCAACCAGGAGCCGGUGGAGUCGAGGAAGGGGCGAAGAGCGACGCGGCGGCGAGGCCGGUGGUCGGUACAGCACAAGUGCGUUGCGACGUGGCGGCGAGCGCAUGCGCCACGUCUCCUGCACUGAGGGCCCCUCACGUCCCUCUGCCGGGAGAUUCCCUCUCCGCCUGGCCCUCGACGGACAGGGCGACAGAGGCAGGCGACGCUGCGGGCAGUACGAGUGGAGAUCUCUUGCUUGCGUCGUUUCGCGUGGUGGAAUCUUUCGACGAAUCAAAUGGCAACUCAUUGUCCCGUCGAGGCACCGUCACGAGUGGAACCGAACUGGAAGCCGUCGCGCGAGCUGCCACGUCGCCUGCGGGUUGUCACGCGACGCCCCAAACGGCCGUCGAAUGUUUUCCGUCCAGGGAAAAUACGACAGCGUACCCCAGGGGCUGCCUGUUAGCUGCGGCGAAGGGGCCAGAAGGACAGUGCGUCGAGGGACACUGCGGCCAUCCUGCUUCACCCGAAGCGGACUCAGUCGAGGAAAGGACACAGGAAGGCGCCUCCCAAAGCGUCGCUUGCAAUACUUGCUCAGGACGAAAGCGGAGCAGGGAGAAGACGUGGUGCUUCUGUCCACGGUGCUCCAUCGGUGCGGGCAUCGCCGACGUGCUCGAGUGCGUUGUGCUUCACAUGCCCACGGUCGGUUAUGUUCAAGGCAUGGCGGGGGUUGCAGCGGUUCUUCUCUUUUUCAUGGAGCGCGAAAGGGCGUUCAUUCUUAUGGUUCAGCUACUUCAGCUGCAUCCUUUGCCGGACUUCUUCAUGCUCAGCUCUUUAGGCAAAAGAACCCUGCGCCAUCAUCUGUCAGCAUUCAAGCGCUACUUGGCCGCCUUGCUUCCUGCGCUGUCCGAGCACUUCACCAGUCUCCACUUGCCGCCUUCUUUCUACUUGUUGCCUUGGGUUCUGUCUCUAUUCACAUCUGUUCUCCCUCUUCAUAUUGUCGUUCGAGUUUGGGACGGCCUCCUUCUCGCGGGCGGAGGGAGAGAUACACUGUUCCAGAUCGCGCUUGCUAUUCUGCAUUACUACGACGAAGCUUUGCGCGGCCGCUCCUUCGAGGGAUGCGUCGCCCUUCUGAGUCGCCAAGACUGUCACGCGGCGUCCAACAGUGCAGCAUUCGACGAGUGUCGGUUUUUUGACGGGCUGCGAUGGGUUGAAACGCAGUGGCCGGAGAUUGAAGAGGCUCUCGUUGUCCCUGCGGCAGCGCUCACAAGUUCAGGCGAUUGA